GGAUAACAUACCCGCAUCCGUCACGGCUUCUCUCGCCUCCACCAUCCACAAGACGCUCGCCUUCGACAAACGCGGGACUUCUCCACACAUCGACGACAAGCGAACGACUAUCCCACGACGUCAACAUGCCCGACAAUCACCACCAAAUAUUCAAGGCUACCUACAGUGGCAUCCCAGUCUAUGAGAUGAUGUGUAAAGGCGUUGCCGUGAUGCGACGCCGAUCAGAUUCUUGGAUGAACGCGACCCAGAUCCUUAAAGUUGCCGGAUUUGAUAAGCCACAGCGGACCCGAAUUCUGGAACGCGAGGUGCAGAAGGGAGAACAUGAGAAAGUUCAGGGUGGCUAUGGCAAAUACCAGGGUACAUGGAUCCCACUUGAGCGUGGGCUCGAGCUAUGCAAGCUGUACAACUGCGAGCAUCUCCUGCGGCCCAUCAUAGACUUUCAGCCGGAGGCGAAGAGUCCACCCACGGCUCCUAAACACCUCGCCGCUACCCAGACGCUCAAACCAAGCAGCCGUCGUGGCCCUGAUGGUGGCGGAUCCACCAUGAGCACAAGAUCUUCUCGUCGCAACCAACAAGAGGUCGACGGCUCCGAAGUUGGGACGCUAUCUGUGCGCGGCUCUGAGGAUGGCACUAUGACACCUUCGCCAUCGGAAGCGUCAUCGAGCUCCCGUACGCCCUCACCCAUUCGCAGCAGCCCAGCUCCGUCAGCUCUUAUGGAGGACGAGUACGAGUCACCACCACCAGAACCGUCGCGGAAACGUAAACAUCGCCCUUCGCAUGAUGAUUACCGUGCGGAGAUCGAGGUGGCUGGAGAAAAUGGCGCUCGCGAUCCUGGAAGAUAUGGAGACCAGAUUCUGGAGUACUUCAUUUCGGAUACCAACCAAAUACCCGAGAUUCUGAUACAACCCCCUCCCGACUUUGACCCUGAUAUGGCCAUUGACGAUGAUGGGCACACCGCUCUGCAUUGGGCAAGCGCAAUGGGCCGGAUUCGCAUCGUGAAAUUGCUGCUGACUGCCGGUGCCGAUAUAUUCAAAGUGAACAAAGCAGGCCAGACGGCGUUGAUGCGCAGCGUGAUGUUCGCGAACAACUACGAUGUCCGCAAGUUCCCCGAACUGUACGAGCUCCUGCAUAGGUCGACACUCAAUAUCGACAACAGCAAUCGGACCGUAUUUCACCAUAUCGUCGAUGUGGCCAUGACGAAAGGAAAGACGCACGCCGCGCGUUAUUACAUGGAAACUGUUCUCAAUCGGUUAGCGGACUAUCCGAGGGAGUUGGCGGACAUUAUCAAUUUCCAAGACGAGGAUGGAGAGACUGCACUAACAAUGGCCGCACGGUGUCGAAGCAAGCGGUUAGUGAAAUUGCUCAUUGACCACGGCGCCGACCCGAAGAUUCCCAACCGUGACGGCAAGACGACUGAGGACUAUAUCCUGGAGGACGAACGGUUUCGUUCAUCCCCGGUGCUCCCCUCUCGCGCAAUGGCCAUGUCGUUCCGCAACUCGCAAGCUGCGUAUCCCCCAACAGGAGGUUCCUCAUAUUAUUCCUUCGGCCCGAUGAGCGGCGAUCGCCCUCCAUUGCACUACUCGACAACCGGACAGAAAGCCGCGACGCGCUGUGUUAACGACGUGGCCAUGAUGUUGGAUAGUCUCGCGAGCUCAUUCGAUCAAGAAUUGAAGGACAAGGAGCGAGAUUUCAAUCAAGCAAAUGCAUUGCUAGGGAACAUACAGGGCGAAAUCCUCGAGAGCCAGCGAUCUGUCACGCAGCUCAAAGUCCAAGCGCAAAAUCUGCCGCAGGCUAAGCAGACGCUAAUGAACCUCGAGGAGGAACUGCGCUCCAAGAUGGGUAAGCGAUAUCGUCUGGGGUGGGAAAAGUGGGUCAAAUACGAAGAAGAGCGGGAAAGAGCGGUGCGCGAGGCUCACAAUGGCGAGCUCGUUGCCGCUCCCGGUGAAGAGGAUGUCUCGGACCUUCAAACACUCUACUCGGACAUCCCGACGGACCCAGAAGCUGUCCGACAGGAAUGCUCGCGUCUGCGGGAGGAACUCGCGGUGCACAAGAAGCGCAGGCUGGGCAAGUUCGAAGAGCUCGUCAAGUUCCAGGCAGAGGCGGGGACGGGCGGGCGGAUGACAGAGUAUCGCCGCCUCAUCGGGGCAGGCUGCGGAGGUGUUCCUCCGACAGAGGUGGACAACGUGCUGGGCAUGCUGCUCGAGACUCUCGAGGCGGAGGAACCGAGCUCGUCGUCACUCACAUGGGGCGCGCCUCCCCCGCGUCCGGCGGUGCCCGCGAGCUAGGCGUGCGAGGUACAGUAGAUGCAUGGACCUUCCUAAUCUUAUCAGCCUAACGGCCAUAUCUACUCUGACGUCCAGAAUGUUUAGUGCCUAUUUGUACCACUAGUUUUGUAGCAUCCCAUUGCAUGAAUAGCAGAGGAUUGUCUUUGGGUAACGUUGAGCACGAUACUUAGUAUCAAAUAACGGCCC